CAUCACCGUCUGUGAAAAGAAAUGGCUUGGUUGUUGGUGGCAGUGUUUCUCAUUGUCCUUCUUUACAAGGCAGGCCGAGCUUGUCUACCAGUAAUAUCAACAAUGAUAAACCUACAGCAUAUAAAUCUACUGUCGUAAAGUUUGGUGUGCAAGGGAUAUUUUAUACAAUAAAUAUCCUAACCAUUCUUUGGUUCAUAUGGCGUUACAGAGGAGAGCCUAUACUUCACUUACCUGAGGAAUGGGUGUGGCCUCUAGGAAAAAUUGUAGCUUUUCCCACUGGGAUUCCAGGUGCUGUGGGCUUCACAUUCUGGCUGGUGGUGUGUAGAACUGUUGUAAAUAAAGGACUUACUUGUGUAACAAGCUGAUGGAAAGGAAUUGUAACACUGCUCACUCAAGUGACUCCACCAAGACUUGGACUGCUAGUACUACACUUAAAGGAAGUCAUCCGUGCAAGUGACUCCACCAAGACUUGGACUGCUGGCACUGCACUAACUUAGAGGAAAGCCAUUAGAACAAGUGACUCCAGCAAGAUUUGGACUGUGAGUACUACACUAACUUAGAGAAAAGCCAUUAGAACAAGUGACUCCAGCAAGAUUUGGACUGUGAGUACUACACUAACUUAGAGAAAAGCCAUGAGAACAAGUGACUCCAGCAAGAUUUGGACUGCUGGCACUGCACUAACGUAAAGGAAAGCCAUGAGAACAAGUGACUCCAGCAAGAGUUGAAACUGUUUUUACGGCUUGGUUCUCCACUUGCCAGAGUUGGUGUUUAUCACUCAUGCUUUCCAACCUGCCUGCAGACAUUCAAAUCAAGGAGAAUUUCUUAACGUUUUAAUCAGGAGGAAAGGAUUUAUGGAUAGCAAAGGCAUAUUCCUGUGGAUGUGGCAAGGUGUCAUACUUAUUGCAAAAUUUUUUUGCAGAUUCAUGGGUAGACAGAAUGUCUGUUUAGUGUUUCUUUCAGAUGUAGACUGAAGUGCAUGUGUCCAAAACAUUUUGUUUUGUUAUCCCCGCACUUUUGAGACAAAAGUCAGGGAUCAUGUAAUUGUCCGUGCGUCUGUGUGUUAAUUUCUGCUAUCUCCUCUUAGACCAUUGCAGAUAGGAAACUGAAACUUUGGGAAUUGGUAGACCCAUCUUUAGGGAUGUGCAUGGGAACUUUGGAAAUUUAGUGCCACAGGGUGUUGGGCUUUCCCCAGGGGUGGUUGAUUCUAAAUUCUUUUCACAUUGUAAUUUCUGCCGUCUGCCCUAGACCAUUAGAGUCAAGAAGUUGAAACUUUAGUGAUUUGUAUACCCAUCAUCAGGGAGGUGCAUGGGCACUUUAGAAUUUUAAUGCCACAGGGGGUUGGGCUUUCCCCGGGGGUUGGUUGAUUCUAAAUUCUUUUCACAUUGUAAUUUCUGCUAUCUGCUC